AGUGUAUAUAUAACUUAAUUGAUAACGCUUCCUGAUGGAUAAGCCAGUCGUUACCACAUCUAUAGACGCAGAAUCUUGUGAAGGCUGGAAAAGGACUUUGAAGGGACGAACUAUUUAAUCAUUCAUCAUCAUCGGCUGGAAAUCCCGAAGACUAGAACUUGUGUUACAAUGUUUCGUUGUGGUGUAUUUGUGGUUGCUAUUUUAGCUUCARCUGUAAUUGUUUCAGCUCGUUGGCUGCAGCCAUCAAAUGAUGCGAUAUUUGAAGAGCUCCUCGCCAAUAAAAUCAAAGAAAACGAGCAAAGAGACGGUAGCGUCCAUGGUCACAUUGUUGCUGUCAAUGAAGCUUCUAAUUGGAAGAGUAAGAAAGGAAUCAAUGGAGACAUUGCGCUGACCGAAGAGAUUGAGGCUGCUAACGAAGCUGCGAAUCUUGACCUGUUCGAAGGUGAUAUAUUACCAGGCAACAAUCCUCAGGACGAGAGCGAAUUUGAGGCCGGCAAGCGCAACAUCGUGAAAGCAAGUUCAAAGAUCUGGCCAAGUAGUGGCGUUCCUUAUUACGUCUCCCCUGAUUUGGGUAAAUAUGCUGUUGUGUGA